AAAUGUAAGAUACAAUUUUCUUAUAUUCAAAUUAUAUGUGUGCUUUAAAUUAUAUGUGAAUGUGGAAUAGUUUUCCAUAACAAUUAUGUGGAAAUCCCUGGAUUUAUUUGUGACUGGAUUUGAGUUUCUGUUGGUGUUUGUCGGCGUUUUUGGAGUGUUUUACGGUAAAGAAGAUGUAAUGCGUGACUUUACUUUCUAUGUGGCCAUAGUAGACGCAGAUUCCAACGAAAUAAGGUGCAGUGGAAUAUUAUACGACUUAAAACACGUGGUGACUAUAGGCCAUUGCUUUCGCACUGGAGUAAUAGGAAGGGCUGUUGUUCUUGCUGGUGACAGUUACAUUGGCAUUCGGUCUACAUCCGCUGGACAAAUUGCCGAUACUCGGCAAAUUAGAGACAUCGACUUGAUUCUUCAGAAUCCGCUUUACGAUUACAUGAUGCCAUUUCUUUACGACACUUGCGUUUUAAGACUCAAUGAGUCCUUUGUAGCAAACUGUGCUAUUCGUACUAUCCCUAUCUGGAAAGGGCAGAGGAUAGAUGGACUGGAGUGCAUAGUAGCUGGUUGGGGAAGAAGCCAAAAAGCGUCUUACGAGCUACAGUUGCAACGAAUUUCAAUGACUAUCCAAUCACAUGAUAACUGUAUGAAAUUAGCAAAGACAUUAGAAGAACAAGGGUCUCUGUUGUGCGCUAAGGAUAGUGCUUCUAAUGGAUCCUUAUGUUACGGAGACGUAGGUGCUGCACUGAUUUGUGAGGAAGAAGUGGCAGCGAUAAGCAUUUAUCUAGUUUUGUCAUGUGGUGAUAAUAAAACAGGUACAUUUUUUCAAGAAAUUGGCAGUUCGUCGGAAUGGUUUGAUGCAAUCGUCAAUUGGUCCGGCCGUGGAGCUAUGCCUAAACCAAAAUGGAAACAUUUCAAACAAAACGAAGCCAUUGUGAAAAUAAAACCAUUUUGGUUAGCACCGAUGGUUAUCCUCGUCUAUUUAAUUCCUUUAAGAUAAUGAUUUACAAUAUCAGAUACAUUUUCAUUCAAAAUAAUAUUAAUUUAAUAUUCAGAAAAUAAAGGUUGUCAAAGUAUCACUUCUAA